GCGUCGCAAACUCCCUCAAACCACUUCAAGGCACGUCAGUUUUUUGCACACCGUUUUCUGAAUCUGCGGAAUUCUCGUCCUGCACGCCGCAACGAACAGUUAUCACCAUGCCUGGACCAGCGAAACGGUGGGAGGAAGAAGAGGAGUCCUCCAGCUCCGCCCCGGACUCUCCCGUCGUUGCACCCGCGCGCCGCAGAUUCGACGACGAGGAAGCCGAGGGCAGCGAUGUGCUAGAGUCGUGGGACGCCGCCGAGGACUCCGAGGUCGAGCGGGAAAAGGCAAAGAAGGCUGCCGAAGCGAAGGCGAAGGCGGAGGCUGAAGCCGCCGCCAACAAGAAGAGUAGAUCACAGCGGAUCGCCGAGCGCCAGGCCGAGCGUGCGAAGGCUAAGGCCGAAGCCGAGGCUGAGGAGAGUGAAGAGGAGACUGAGGCCCAGCGGCGCGAACGCCUUCGUCGCACCGAGAAGGAGUCUGAUCUCCGCCACGCCGAGGACCUGUUCGCAGACAUCAAUAUCGGCAGCGGGCGCAAGGCCACGACUGCCGGGUCCGCUGUGCCGAUCGAUGCGAGCGACCCCACCAAGACCAUCGACCUGUCCUCCCUGCCGCUGUUCAAGCCCGCGACCAAGCUGCAGUUCGAGCAGCUGCGCAACGUACUAGUCCCGCUCAUCACCAGCAGCUCCAAGAAGCCGCACUACACCCUCUUCCUCCAGGAGUUCGCCAAGCAGCUGGCGAAGGAUCUCCCGAGCGACCAGAUCAAGAAGGUCGCCAGCACGCUGACGACGCUCAGCAACGAGAAGAUGAAGGAGGAGAAGGCGGCCGAAAAGGGCGGCAAGAAAACAAAGGCUGCCAAGACCAAGGCUUCACUUGCCGGGGUCACCCGCGGGGGCGUGACGGACCUAAACACGUACGAGGAUGACGACGACGCCUUCGGAGAUGACGACUUCAUGUGAAAGCUGCCAAUGGCUACCCGUUAGUUCGCUGCGCCAACGUCCCGCCUGCUUUCUCCAAGGGGAAAAAAGAAAGGGAAAAGGAAGGCCAGGUAACAGGACCGUCCCGGCAGUGUCCUCAUCACUGCUGGUCAGGGUUUGGGAAAAGACACUCGGGGGCAGCCCUUACUGGCAUCCCUGGAAAACAGGAGCCCUUGGCGUGGCCUCCAACCCCUCCGCGUCAAGACUCAGAGGGAGCAGCAGGGUACAGAGGCUUUGAGAGGGAAGUCAGUGAGGAAGCAGUCCGUCGGGUGUGCUGCGCCGGUGUUGAUUUAAGAGGCUAGAUAAUGUUCGGAGUGGGCCAUACCGCAAGACAGCGUAUAGAGAACUGCUUCGCUAGCGGGCCAUUUUUCCAUUCACCGAGCACCAGAGCACACGUGAUACAAGAUGUAUGUACAUAUCCUGAGCCUAUGAGCCUGUCUGUGCGGGAAUCUUGGGAUAUUCGCUCGUGUUUACACCCCCUUUUUUUCG